AUGAGGCUUGAGGGAGAAGGAAAGCCAGGCGGAGAUGCAGAAGAGGAGGAGAUGAAGGGUCAAGCUGAGUCAGCAGCCUGGGCGGUGGUGCUGGCCGCGUACUUGCAGAGCACUCUGUGGACGGCGCCGGGAGCAACGCUGCUGCUGGGCAUAUACACCGAUAUUAUGAUUGACAUCCAAUUUGAGCGAUGCCGGUCCAAGUAUUUCUUUUCGUCAAGUGAAAGAUUCAACUCUGGAGAAUAUGGAGGCCAAGGCAUGAUCUCUAUAUUCAUCUCCUCAAGAACCUCCUUAACUAUCAAAGAAUACAUAAUAUUUUAG